CUUUCAGUUGGUUCGCGCAUCUCUCGUCGCGCAGCAAAAAAUAAAAAACCCUCGACACCGAACAACUAACUAAAAGAAUUUAACAAAUAUUACUUUCUGUGUGUGCGCGUGUGGUGAGUAAAUACUACGUUUUAAGCACGGAGAAGAGCAGAAUAUUUUAAUUGGAGGCCGAGCUAGCGAGAGGUCAAUUAAAAAGCAGCUGCACCCGAAGUCCUGAAGAGAAAGCGUUCAGAGGCAGCCAGGAUCUUGUGUGUUGGGGAAAAAUCCGGAGGGCAGAAGGAGCAGCAUCCAUCCGCAACAUUCACAACACCAUCAGCCGAUAACCGACGAAGCCACACCGCCCAAGAAAGCAUCCCAUUGUAAUGGCUUUACUCCGUUCGCUGAGCGCCCAACGAACAGCCAUCAGUUUGGUCUACGGCAAGUCCAACGGAUCCGUGGCCGUUGCCGCCUGUCGCAGCUUUCAGCGGGGCAGGCGGAGCGGUUCAGAGGCAGCAGCUCCAGUAGCGGCAUCAGCAGUAGUAGCGAGAGGAGGAGAUGGGGCCGGCGGCGUUCGCUAUCUGCAUUCGGGCGACCGUCCCAUGCAGGCCUCGACCGUGGUUCAGCCGGAAUUGGUGGCUACCAGCGAGUCGGUGAAGCGGACAACUCAGCAAAGGUCACCACCGCCAGCGGGAUCGCCGGCUGGAUCACCGCAACGUGAUCCGCUGGACGUGAGCUUCAACGAUCCGAUAGCCGCCUUCAAGAGCAAGACCACGUGGGAGCUGAUGCGCGCCUAUCUGGUCUACAUGAUCUGUUCCAGCGAGAAGCUAGUCGAGCACAACAUGACGCUACUGAAACUGGCUCGCAGCCUGCUCGGCCAGAAACUCUUCGUCCUGCUAAUGAAGUCCAGCUUCUACGGACACUUUGUGGCCGGCGAGAAUCGGCACACCAUCGUGCCCGCCCUAGAGAGACUACGAUCGUUCGGUGUCAAGCCGAUCCUUGACUAUUCCGUUGAGGAGGAUAUCUCCCAGGAGGAGGCCGAGAAGCGUGAAGUUGAAUCUUCCGUUUCGAGUGCGAUCGAUAAUAAGGAUAACAAGGAGGAGGACAGCAUGCCGCAGUAUCAUGUGGACAAGUCCUUUGCCGAUCGCCGCUACAAGGUGAGCAGUGCUCGCACCUACUUCUAUCUCAACGAGGCCACCUGCGAGCGCAACAUGGAGAUUUUCAUCAAGUGUCUGGAGGCCGUGUCGGUCGACGAUCAGAAAGUGCCCCGUGCUGUGGCCACGGGCGCCACCUUUGGAACUGGCAUUACGGCCAUCAAACUCACCGCCCUCGGCCGUCCACAAUUGCUGCUGCAACUGUCCGAGGUUAUUAUGCGCACACGGAAGUACAUGGAGGCAAUGGUCGGCGGCGAGGGCAAUGUGUUGACCCACCACAAGACCAUCAAGGAUUUGGAAAAGUAUUAUGCCUCGUUGGGUGACAAUAAGAAUGUGAAGGAUUUCUUAAAGAAUGUGACAUCCGACAAGGAAGGUAUCCUGCAUCUGUUCCCCUGGUCGGGCAUCGUGGACGAGGACUCGCAGCUGAGCGACACCUUCCGUGUGCCCGAUCCCCAGACCGGCCAGAUGCGUCGACUGAUCUCACAAAUACCGCCCAAAGAGGAGGAGAUGUUCAGGAACAUGAUCCGUCGCCUCAACACGAUUGUCAAGGCUGCUGCCGAUCUGGAUGUUCGCAUCAUGGUAGAUGCUGAGCAAACAUACUUCCAGCCGGCCAUUUCACGCAUCACGCUGGAAAUGAUGCGGAAAUACAACAAGGACAAGGCCAUCGUCUUCAACACGUACCAGUGCUAUCUGCGUGAAGCGUUCCGUGAGGUCAACACCGAUAUGGAGCAGGCAAAGCGACAGAAUUUCUAUUUCGGUGCCAAGCUGGUUCGCGGCGCCUACAUGGAUCAGGAGCGAGCACGUGCGCAGGCGCUAGGCUAUCCCGAUCCGGUGAAUCCCACGUUUGAGGCCACCACGGCUAUGUACCACAAGACGCUCUCCGAGUGCUUGCGACGAAUCAAGCUGAUGAAGGACUCGUCUGAGGAUGCCAGAAAGAUUGGCAUUAUGGUGGCCUCGCACAACGAAGACACCGUGCGCUUUGCCAUUCAGCAGAUGAAGGAGAUUGGCAUUUCGCCGGAGGACAAGGUCAUUUGCUUUGGCCAACUGCUGGGCAUGUGCGACUACAUCACCUUCCCGCUGGGUCAAGCUGGCUACUCGGCGUACAAGUACAUACCGUACGGUCCCGUGGAGGAGGUCCUGCCGUACUUGUCGCGCCGCGCCCAGGAGAACAAGGGUGUGCUCAAGAAGAUCAAGAAGGAGAAGCGACUGCUCAUGUCAGAGAUCCGGCGCCGUCUCAUACGCGGCCAGUGGUUCUACAAGCCCAAGGGCAACUAUGUGCCCAUCUAAGAAGCCUGCCUGGCGGCGCCUCUGCUCGGAACCGAAAUCGGAGAGGGUAUCGCCAACUCACCCAGUCACAUACGCAUCCUCCGGCCCUAAAACACACACACACAAAGCGCAAGGAGAAGAACAUUGUUAUGUGUGCUUUGUGGUCAUUUUUCAACUAUUUUACGAAAUUCGCGUUUAUAUAUAUAUAUAUCUAUAUAUGAAGACUUGUGAUCCGGCAAGCGAGAUUAUCGAUCAUCAGCGGCAGGAUCUUCAACAUAAAAACAAAACAACAUUCAAAAUCGAUUCAAUUAACUGAGAAGACGACGCGCCGGUCAUUUUUUAAUGAAAAUAUGUACAUUUUUACGUCUUGUUGCAAACAAUAAUCUAUAAAACGAGUUCUCUUUGUAUGUGUGUUAAAAAGAAAAAGAAAAACUAAAAACUAAAAAAAAAAAAAAACAAGAAAAAGAGCAAAACUAUGUGGAAAGGAGGCCAUCGGAAACGGAGAGAGGAGUAUUGAAAAAAGGUAUUGAGAAUUGUGUAGCGAGCCUCUUUUUUUGUAGUAAAAGCAUAAAUUGAUAUAUAUAAAUACAUAUAUAAUGAGAGCAAAAAUCGUUUAUAGAUCUAUAUAUGUAUAUCAGGGAUCGUAAAUAAUGAUUAUGAUUAUUAUCACCCACUUGGAAAAGCCGCACAAAAAUACGAAUUAUACCAAUCGGCCACAAUUUGGAUGCUCUUUCAAGAUAGUCAAUGAUUGCUGAUUACGUGCCCUGAUAUAUGAUAUAUACAUAUACAUAGAGAUACAUUGUAUGGCUGCAUUUUAGAUUCUAGAUUCAUUCGAUUCUUCAGCAUCUUAAGAACCUUGAGCACCUCAGCAUCAUCUGUUUAACUCCGAUUUCAUGUUGGUUUGCCGGAGAGAGAGAGAGAGAGUCAGUCAGUCAGUCAGUCCAGGGAGCAGUAGGAUCCCGGGGAUAACCGCGCAUACCUAUAACUAUAACCUAAAUAAACGUAAACAUGAUGUGUUAAACGUACGAUAAAACGAUUCGUUUCGUUUCUACCUAUUUAUAUACAUAUAUAUAGAUAUAUAGAUAUAUAUUUAUGUGUAUUAUGUUUAAUUUAGCGAUUAACGAAGCGAUAUUAUAAAAGUCAUUACUACAAUAGUCGUCUGUCCUUGGUUACCCAUUUCCAUAACCGUUUACGUUUCGCGUUUCUCGCUUCGAUUCGGAUCUCUGAGCUGAGAUGAUCAUUUCCGAUGGAAGCGAUGAAGCGUUCGAUUUUUUAUUAUUAUUAUCCUGAUUAUUAUUAUUAUUAUUAUAUUGCAUAAAACGCUAUAAAUAAAUGAAUAAAUAAUUGUAUGAAUGUUAACUAUUUCAAUGACAAUAAUAAAAUGUUAAAAACGAAA